AAUUCCCAGCAGCGUUGUCUCUGUUUUCGCCGUUGUUUCCUUUCCCCUCUCUCUCUCCUUUUGCUCUGUAUAUAUUGUCUCCCUUCCCGAUUCAAUCGUUUCUAGCAAAAAAAAAAAGAAUAAGUGAAUCAUCUUUCUUCAUCUCUCUCAAGAACAGAUUUUCGACGAGCUUGAUCGAUCUAAAUUCUCAAGAUCUAUGGCGGAAGAGCAUCGAUGUCAGACGCCGGAAGGCCACCGUCUAUGUGCUAACAACUGCGGCUUCCUCGGCAGCUCCGCCACCAUGAAUCUAUGCUCCAAUUGCUACGGUGAUCUCUGUCUUAAGCAACAGCAACAAGCUUCCAUAAAAACCACCGUUGAAUCCUCUCUCUCCUCCGUAUCUCCUCCGUCGACGGAGGUAGCUUCCGUCUCUUCUCCGGUGAUCUCACCUCUCGUUCAAAACCCAUUAGCCGAACUGGAGGUAACGACGAAAAACGUUCCGGCGACGUUUACUCCGCCGCCGCAGACGACGACGGAGGAGAAGCAGCUGAAACGGCCGAAUCGCUGCACGACGUGCAGGAAACGGGUCGGGUUAACCGGGUUUAAGUGCCGGUGCGGGACGACUUUCUGCGGGGUCCACAGGUACCCGGAGGUCCAUGGAUGCACCUUCGACUUCAAAUCGGCUGGUCGUGAAGAGAUCGCGAAGGCGAACCCGUUGGUCAAAGCGGCGAAGCUUCAGAAGAUUUGAUCCGAGCCGUUCGAUGCGUUGACUUUUCUGUCUUCAUGUAAACGCGUCCGUCUCGGAGUAAUCAGGAUGGUGUGAGAUUGAUCUCAGCCGUUCAUCAUGGGUCAUUAUGUAAAAGAUAUGUAUUAUCAGUGGACACGUGUCACUUCCCAAUUAAUUUUCUUUUCCCUAUAAAGAAAUAAGAUUAUUCGCGUUGGCUUUUCUUCUCCGGUAAAUUAUGUGGCUUUUGCGUGUACAGAGUUAAUUCUUUUUUU